AUGUUCAAGGUGGAGCGGCGCCUCCUACUUGCAGCAGAUGAGCAGCGCAGGCUUGGACUGCGCGUCAAAUGCUUUCUCCACCAAAUCAGCCUGGUGCGGAAGAUGGGGGUGCUUUGCUUCGACUCAUUUUGGCCAAGUUUGGUCAGAUUAUCACACCUCUUCGAGAGUUUUUCUUUCAAGAAAAAGUUCUCUUUGGCACUUGUCCAAGUGUUGAGUGCACCUGGAAUACCCGUGGCAGAUUUUCCGACUGAGAUGCCCGAGUGGCGCUGCAGAGCAGACUGGAUCCAGCGGUCCUUUGAUUGUCCGUCUAAGGCCGCGCGCCAGAAGCUGGUUGAUUUUCUUGAAUUUGCCAAUGGCGACUCCCGCUUGGACACAGUGACGCAUUAUUGUAGAAACUGCUGCGAAAGCAACGAGGAGAGUUUCCAAAAACUUUUACACUUGGCAAUCCCACUGUUUGCGCGGGGGUUUUCAGUGCCUCUUUUAUAUAGAUUCAAGCACUUCUCCCCAGCUGCCGGCUACAUGAAGUUUGGCUGUUGUGCCUUCAGACUGCUCCCUCGAAUUAUGGCCCAGAUGCAGCAAAACGCGGCCAACAGCACAGGAGCUGGAUCGGAGGUAGCCAGCUUGGUCCAAGACAUCUUGUGCCAGGAGAGAUCUACUGCAGACAAUCCAACUCCAGAAGAUGUCCAGCGCAUGGUAGAUACGUUGCUGGACAAUGAUUUGAGCUACAGCCUUCAGAACUCAGUCAGGCGCCGUCUUGUGGCAGAGCAGCUCUCAAAACCCAAUUUUCUGCAGGGAUCGAUAGUCAUUGAGAGCUUGAUCAAUGCAUUUGAGCCUGCAAUUAAUGCUCUCUUCAAGGGCACUGGCCAGCUCACCCGUUUGACAGGGCUUGGAAGCUCCCAUCCCGAGUAUGAGUCAUUGAAAGAGGAAUGUGCAGAGUCGUUCUUGUACAUUGUUUGUGGUGAUUUUGGGCAUGAUUGCAUCAGCCGGACUCUCCGUCUUCUUGAGAACGGGUUGUCUGAGAAUGUCCAUAUGGGCUUGCAGCCCUCUUCUGAAAGGUUGAAGUUGCUUUUUCAACUGGUUUGCGCUUGCUCCUCUGAUUUGUGGCGAAGAUUAGUGCAGGAGUGCAACAGAUAUCCUCUCAAGGUCUUCAGUUUCCUGAGGUUGAGGAAAAACCUUGCAGGGUUUGUCAAAGAAUGGGACGAGCUUCUGAAGACCAAACGCUUGUGCCCCACAUGCUUGGACACGGAAUUCUCACAGGCAUUGUUGGCUCCUUUUGGCCCAGAGCCGCUGGCUCAUCAAACGCUUCACACUCAGCUCGCCGUACAAGAAGAAGUGUGCCGGGUCUUGAAUCACAUUGCAAGCUACACGCCUGUCAACGCAGACACGGUUGAAAUCAAGCAUGGAAACAUGCAGUGGGCCGUCUCUAAAAGGGCAUCAAUGUAUGUAAAGAAGGCUCCAGCAGCGCGAGAGACUAGCGUUCUGCAGUCAGCCAUUCGAAAUCAUUGCAUUGCUCAAGACGAAGUACAGGCUCUCACAAUGCCAGCGCCCAGGGUUUCCGCAGCUAUACAGCGGCAAGUGGGUGUCAAGUCUACCAACCGGAAUUCCCAGCAGCUUCAUCAGAACACUGGGGCAGCGGAGCCUCAACGCAGACCAAUGGAAUCCAUCCAGCAAAAGCAGCUGCGACUUGAACGUGCAGAGAGUAGGAAUGUCAGAUCUCUUUCCGGCUGGAAUGUCUUUCAGCGGGAGCGCUUGGGUGGACAACAGUUUUCUAUGGCCGAAUACCAAAGCAAGGUAAGCUCCUUAUCAAAGGAGUGGCGCGGUUUGGGAAGCGAGCAGAAAGAGGAUUUCCAGGUUCAGGCAGUGCAUGAACAACAAGUACGCCACAGAGUUUCUGAAGCUGCCCUCAAGCCAAAGAAGCAACUGGAGCCUGACCGUCCCGAGCUACAAGUAACUCUUUCUUUGGAGGAGGAAGUGGGCAAAAAAGGUCUUUCAAAGAUUUCUGCCAAACGCCUAGCCAUCAACAAAGAGCUGUACCAUUCCCACCCUCUUUGGUCCAGCCCUUCGCAAAUGGGAGACGGUGAUGGAGCCCUCAAAGCCAAGGACAUUGAUGUCUCUUCAUCAGACUCAGCAGUCCACACUUUCCUGCACGAGACCCUUCACAAACAGUCGUGCCCGGAGGAUGUUGCAAAACAUUUGCAUGCAGCGCAGGAACUGGAGGCCAAUGAUGAAACCUGCCUGCCUGGCAUGUGCCGAAGCAGUGGAGUUUUUUCACAAUGCCAUGAAACUGGUGCGAGCCUUUGCAAAGAACUUGGAUUCACACAGCAUCAAGGCUGGAGCCUUGAUGCACAUCAGCAGCGAUUUGUGCUCGUCAACAGUGGCUGCAUUUUUAGGUGUCACUGUGAAGAAGCCGUGCCUGCAAACCUUGAUCAUCGCCAGUGUAGAGGAUACUAG